UUCAAAGGAUUGGUACAGGGUAGAAAAGCACCUCAGGCCAGAGCAGUGGGCAGAGUGGGUCGGCCCAGUGCCAGGAGGAGGAGGAGGAGGAGGAGAGGGCAGCUGCGUCCUCAGCUUGUGGGAAACCGUGAAGAUGGCCAAAGAGGACUCCACCGUUCGUUGCUUCCAGGGCCUGCUGAUUUUUGGAAAUGUGAUUAUUGGUAUGUGCGGCAUCGCCCUGACUGCAGAGUGCAUCUUCUUUGUAUCCGACCAACACAGCCUCUACCCGCUGCUUGAAGCCACUGACAAUGAUGACAUCUAUGGGGCAGCCUGGAUUGGCAUGUUUGUCGGCAUCUGCCUCUUCUGCCUGUCUGUCCUGGGCAUUGUAGGCAUCAUGAAGUCCAACAGGAAACUUCUUCUGGUGUAUUUCAUUCUGAUGUUUAUUGUAUAUGGCUUUGAAGUGGCAUCUUGUAUCACAGCAGCAACACAACGAGACUUUUUCACACCCAACCUCUUCCUGAAGCAGAUGCUGGAGAGGUACCAAAACAACAGUCCUCCAAACAAUGAUGAUCAGUGGAAAAACAAUGGAGUCACCAAGACCUGGGACAGGCUUAUGCUCCAGGACAAUUGCUGUGGUGUAAAUGGACCGUCAGACUGGCAGAAGUACACCUCUGCCUUCCGGACUGAGAAUAAUGAUGCCGACUCCCCCUGGCCUCGUCAGUGCUGUGUUAUGAACAACCUUAAAGAACCUCUCCACCUGGACGCCUGCAAACUAGGGGUACCUGGAUACUAUCACAAUCAGGGCUGCUAUGAACUGAUCUCUGGACCAAUGAACCGACACGCCUGGGGGGUUGCGUGGUUUGGAUUUGCCAUUCUCUGUUGGACUUUUUGGGUUCUCCUGGGUACCAUGUUCUACUGGAGCAGAAUUGAAUAUUAAGAAUAAGUGUAACCACCAUACCACUCCCCACAGCGACUCUGGAUUUGGUGCUGGAACUCCUAAUAUUCCACCUCUGUGCUCCCCGGGAAAUUAUGCAUUCUUCCUCAAAUUGCCAAGCAGUUGAUAUGGAGUUUCUUAGGCUCUUAAGGCUCUCAGACUCCUGAAAUUCUCACCACUAGUGAUUGCACCCUGAUCUAGGAUUCUGCAACAUUGUUACAGACCAUAGGAAAGGGAGAGUUCAGGAUAGUAGAUAAUAACUAUUCCCAUCUCUGUUUAUUUUUAAUUUGGGGGCACAAAGACAUUCACAGGAGCCUGUCUUAUCACAGCAAGCCAAGUCUGUAUUUGGACAGCGAAUCUGCCUGCAUUUCUCUCUGCUUUCUAAAAGAAACCUUCAAAGGCUUUCAUUCAUCUCAGUAUUGUCCAGGUGAGAGAACUAAGGAAAAGAUUGCUGAAAUAUAUCUUUUGCCUUUGUUCUAUGGUGGCUCCCAUCUACAGAGACUCAGGUGAUUCUCUUAAUGCCACCUGGGGAUCCUUUUAUUCUCCAGGACAAUGCCCGAUCUUGAGCUAACAAUGGUUGAAGUUUCCUCUCAGACAUUGCAGGGUGAUAGGUGUUAGUAACCUCAAUUCUACCGCUAAUUAAAAGUAUGUGGACUCUGGGGGACAAAGGAGGGACCUGUUAUAUAUUUACCAAUCUCAUCCGAAAGCCCCUUUCAAAUAAGGGAGAAGCAAGCCCGCUGUUAGAUAGGUGAUUUAUAGAUAGGUGAUUUUUUUUACUGUCAAAAUAUUUCUCUUCUGAUCCAUGUUUCCUUUUGCGAUCCUGAAGGAAGUUCUUAUAACAACAUUUGUCUAGUCUUAUAAAUAAAGAGGGCU